AUGGUUCAAAAUAGAGCAUGUGAAGAAAAUUUUCACCCUAUCGAAGACAUAGCCACAUUGAAAGACUACUUUCUGAUCUCAGCACUAACGAGAGAUCGUACACUUGUUCUCACGUGGGACAUAGAAACCUAUAAUUCACGUGGAAUGGGGGAAUUCCCUCUUACUGAAUAUGACGAAAAUUGUGUUUUUACAAUUUGCAUGACUCUUCAUUGGAAGGAUGAACCAAAAACUUUGAAGCAGAUUUGUUUAGUCGAUGUAGAAUCAGCACCAGAUCUACAGUGGAUAAUGAUCAUAUGCGGAUCACAAAUUAAUUUGCUAAAAGCCUUUGCAUUAUGUUGGGAAGCAUUUGCUCCAGACAUACAAUUUGGAUUUAAUGGUUUGCAAUACGAUUGGCCUUUCAUCAUGGAAAAGGCGAAAAGCAUGCAUCUCGUUGAAUGGAUGUGGAAACGUAUGAGCGGACGUCAAGACAGGAGGGAAACUUCUGCAAUGGAAUUAUUAUGGGAGAUUAGACAAGGCAGAUAUAAAGUAGUAUGA